UUUGCGGUCACACUGCACCCAUCAGCUGUUUCUGUAACCGGCGAUUAAAUUUUUUGUGGCAUUUUAACGAUCGGGUUUGUUUAUCCUAGAUAAGAUUACAAUUUAUCGAGAUAAGACGGCCCAAGCCAUAGUACUAGUGGAUUGAUAAACGGCAUAAACAAGCGCACACGCCUCCGGGACUUGGGGAGGCUUGGUGACAGAGAAGGUGGGGCAGUGGCGAGAGCUUGGAGUACGUGGCAAUCAUGCCGGGAAUUCUGGCUUGAAAAGCACACAGACAUUCCUCUCCCAUUCAAGCAAUAUGACGGCCACAUUGCGUUAUCGUGGUGAUAAAAGCAAUCUUCUGGACUUUGCCAGGAAUCUGGAUGCCUUCAAGAAGGUCCCUGAGAAGUACACAGAAACCACGGAAAUAGGCGGCACACUGUCCCUGCUGAGCCGCCUGCUGAUUGUGUAUCUGGUCUACACGGAGCUGCAAUACUACUGGAAUGAAACGGACAUAGUGUACCAGUUCGAGCCGGACAUUUCCUUGGACGAGCAGGUGCAGAUGCACGUGGACAUAACAGUGGCCAUGCCUUGCGUCGCCCUCUCUGGUGUGGACCUCAUGGACGAGACGCAGCAGGAUGUAUUCGCCUACGGCACGUUGCAGCGCGAGGGCGUCUGGUGGAAGAUGUCGGAUAAGGAUCGCCAACACUUCCAGUUCAUUCAGAUGACCAACCAUUAUCUGCGCGAGGAGUUCCAUUCGGUGGCCGAUGUGCUUUUCAAGGACAUCAUGCGCGAUCCGUAUCCCAUGAAGGGUGACCCCACCGCCGGCUCGGCCAUGGCCCCAGUGGCUCCGCCUCCAGGGGCUGUGCCCGCCAGCCUGGAGCUGCAUCUGCCCAAUGGACAGCCGGAGACAAAGUUUGAUGCCUGCCGCCUGCACGGCACUCUGGGCAUUAACAAGGUUGCCGGCGUUCUGCAUUUAGUGGGCGGCGCCCAGCCCGUGGUUGGACUGUUCGAGGACCACUGGGUGAUCGAGCUUCGCCGUAUGCCGGCCAACUUCACGCACCGCAUCAACCGGCUCAGCUUUGGGCAGUACUCGCGGCGCAUUGUGCAGCCGCUGGAGGGCGAUGAGAGCAUCAUCCACGAGGAGGCCACCACAGUGCAAUACUUUCUCAAGGUGGUGCCCACAGAGAUCCAUCAGACGUUCACCACGAUCAAUACCUUUCAAUAUGCCGUAACCGAGAAUGUACGGAAGUUAGACUCCGAGCGGAACUCCUACGGCUCGCCGGGCAUUUACUUCAAGUACGACUGGUCGGCGCUGAAGAUAGUCGUGAGAAAUGAUCGCGACCAUCUGGUAAACUUUGUUAUUCGCCUUUGUUCCAUUAUAUCGGGUAUUAUUGUCAUCUCGGGCUGCAUUAACGCCCUGCUGCUCUGCUUGCAUCGUUGCCUCCUGCGCACCUUUGCCCCGAACCUCUACCAGCGCCUGGGCAAGACCCCGUCCAGUGCAGCGGCGGCUGCCGCCCCGGUGCUGGCUGCGACGGCAGCGCCACAGCCAGCGGUGCCCAUCAACGAGCUGCUGCAGACGGCCAACAGGAUGGCCAACGUGGAUAUCUCGGCGUACCUGCCCACGGCCCAGCCCAAGUCUGGCCUCUAGAUCGGAUCGGCCCAAGUGGAAUCUCCCCCCCAAGUCUAUACAACUCCCAAAUCUCUCCAUCUCCUCUUCAAAUAUUUUAUUAAGCUCGCCAAAAAAAAAAAGCAGGAAAAACUAACGAAAUAUGAAACAUUUGUUAUUGUACAUAAA